AACAAGUAAACAAAAAGGAACAUAGAUAAGAGCUUUUAUGUUACCCAAAAAAAAAAAAAAAAGUGUAAUAUAAACUAACUGAAACAAAGAUUAAGGGAGGAAAAAAAAAACAAAAAGAAAUUGAUGAUGACUUAUUGUAGAAGAGAGGCAAGUGAAGGAAAUGAGAGUAAAGUAGAUAUGGGGAGCACUCUAAGGGGAAAAUUAUGAUGUGAUCUGAUUUCAAGGUUGUGGAGUUUGGUUUUGCUUUAUUCACUCACUACUCAACCUACUUUUUCAAGGUGAUGUUCGUUAGAUACACAUAAAGUGAAUUGAUGGAUGGAAUUGACAGUGUUAUAUACAUUGCAUUAUAAUUAGUUUAAACAAGUCCAGACAUACAUACCCUGAUCAUGCCUAUGGUUAUGUCCCUUUCAUAUACCAAACGGAUUUAUUAACCAUAUGUAGCUUGACUUUCUAUACGUAAUAAUAAUAACAUGCUCCACAACAAAUUGAAUUUUAAGGGAAAGGAAGUGAGUGCCACUUGUGUUGUGUCUCAUUAUUAUAUUAUAACUACAACAACUACUCGGCUAUAGCCUAUAGCUAUUAUAUAUUGUACUUGUCAAAUCUCAACUCAAGGUUGCAUUUUUGCUUGCUCAAGCUCCAAUACCAAUUGAUCUUCAUUCACCCUUAAGAAAGAAUGAGACAAAGAAUGGAAAGGCUUGUCAUUCUUCCUUUCUCUACUGGUUGUAUCUCUGAGGCCAGUGUUGCUGUAGGUCUUCCACAGCCAAGAAGAUCAAAAUCAGACACCAGCAUACCAAGAAAAGGAUCUAAAGGCGUUGAUGAUCCAGAGAAUUUGUCUGGUGAAAGCAUGAAGAACUCGUUGAGGUUGCUUGACAUUGUUCCAAAGCCUAACCUAUCCACUAGCUUCAAUAGGCUAUUCAAGGGUUUCAAGAACUUCUCUCAAUUGUUUUUGGAAAAAGAAGAGGAGUUAGAAGAACUUGAAAUUGACAUGGAAAUAGGGUGCCCAACAAAUGUGCAGCAUGUGACACACAUUGGUUUGGAUGGUAUUGCAACUUCUGCUGACCCCAUGAGAGGAUUGGAAAAUCUCAUACCUCCUGAGCUGCUCUCUUUAUCUUCUCAAUCUAGACAGCACCAUUCUCCAAGUUAAUUGAAGUUUUUAUUUUAUAUAUGAUGUAUUAGAAACUAGAAACAUGCAAGCACGAUUUGAAUGUUGAAGUUAUAUAUAUAUAUAUACAUAUAUUAUGGUGAGCAACGUUUACAAUAAUGUUAGUCAUGAUUAAAUUUCUAUGUAAAUGUGUAUAA